AUUAAAGAGGAGCCCACUCUCCACCACCAACACCAUGACCCACUCUUGCUGCUCUCCAUUCCAUCAGCCUAUCUGCUGUAGGACCACCUGCUGCCAACCUACUUGUGUGACCCCCUGCUGUCAGCCCACUGGCUGUGGCUCCAGCCAGCCUUGCUGCUGUCCUGUCUGCUGCCAAACUGCCUGCUGCCAGCCCACAGGUUGCAGCAGACCCUGUCAGCCCACCUGCUGUGAGACCAUCUGCUGCCAGCCCUCCUGCCCCCCAACUUGCUAUCAAACUAGUGAAACCACCUGCUGUAGGACCAUCUGCCACAAGCCUGCUUGUGUGACCACCUGCUGUCAGCCCACCUGCUGUGGCUCCAGCAGCUGUGGACAAACCUUCAGUGGGUCCAGCUGCGGCCAGUCUUGCUGCCAGCUGGUAUGAUGUGCACCUGUAUACUGCCACAGAAUCUGCUACCACCCCACGAGCUGCUGCCUGCCUGGGUGCCAAGACCAGAGCUGUGGAUCCAGCUGCUGCCAGCCUUGCUGCCACCCCAUCUGCUGUCAGACCACCUGCUGUAGGACCACCUGCUGCUGCCCCAGCUGUGUGUCCACCUGCUGCCCUUCCUCCUGCUGAUCCUCCCAUCAUGGAAGCGUGUGAGACACAUCAAUCUCCUGAGAGCUAACCUAUGAGUUCUCCAAUUACUGCCACAGGCUCCACUGCCAGGCUUCACUAGCAUCCAGCGUGCAGCC